AUGGCCAUCUGGUGGCUUUGUGAGCGUGAGCAGGUGUCUCCCAAGGCGUACCUUCCCAUGCUGGAGAUAUGGCUCGUGUUCGGCUUUCUCGAGGCUGGAGGGUAUAGAUGUGCCGAGUUGGAUAGUGGAGGCUGCAACGCAGCAGUGGAUGAGCAGAGCAGGGAGCCUUCCUUCCUGCUCACCACCUUGCUAGCUCAACCAUCACCGUCCUGCUCAGCCAGGAUGAACAAGGUGAAGAAGAGCCAUGGCGGCAAGCACAAGGGGGCCGGAUCAGGAGGAGGGAUCAGCAGAAUGUUGAGGCGACAUACGGCCAGGCUCUACAUCAUCCGGCAAUGCGUCGUCAUGCUCCUCUGCUACCAUGACUGA